AUGGCCCACCGCCAGGUUCAGGCUGCCGAGACGGCAACUGCCAACUCACCGAUCGCGUCACGAACGCGGAAGCGCGGCGUCGGCAACACGGGUACCAGUAACCACACAAAUCCUCAGACUACAGUGGCAACAUCAGCUCCCACAAGGGCGACCAAGCCCAAGGCAGCUGUCCCGGCGGCUCAGGCUUCUGUCAUGGCCACACCCGAAGCGACUCUUCCGACCCCAGGCAUGGUUCCAACUACGGCGGCCACGCCGGGAACCUUUCGACCCACUUUCGGACGUAGGUUCGCUCCUAGGGACGAGACAGAUACUCGAAGUGUCCGAAGCCUACCGAGUGCGGCGCCGGAUCAGUCUCAAAUUGAUGAAUAUGACAUGACCACAUCUCAAUACCAAGCCGGCACGCCAUCCGUGAUUGCCAGAGACGCCAGCAUGACUCCGUCUGAUGCUUUUGUUACUCCAGGAGGUGCUAAUGGUCAAAUGGGCGUGGCUCGAGCCCUAGAGAAGAACUUGCCCAAACUCGUGGAGGCAGCUAUCGAGCUACAUGAGCUUCUUUCAGACCCUGAGCGAAAUUCUCAGGAAACACAAGAAGAGGAUACCGUCUGGAUGGGAGAACUAAGCGUUGCUUAUACGAUUCUCAACGCUCUCAAGCGUCCAUACUGCUCUCAGGGUGUCCCGUACAUUCGCGAUGCCGAGGACCUUUGCGAGCGACUACAAUGCACAUAUGGACACGCCUCUUUUGAGACUGCCAAGACUGCAGCAUCCAUCGUCAACCUUUCUGAGCUCAUGUACGACUUCACUUUCCUACGGGACACUAUCGAAGAUCAUAAGUUCUUUCUUGGUCGGCUCGACAAAUAUUUUCCCACAGUUUUUAUCCCCAUACCACUCCUUGGACGAGGCGAGUGGGAGACGGCGACCCUUGCUCUUGUUGUCGAUAUCAGAACUCAGUUGGCCAUCUCCAGGUUACGGGAGCUUGAGAGCGGCCAGUCUGCAAUAGAAGUUCUAGGUGACGUGUUUCUCGAAUAUAUCGAUAAACAGGCCCAACUAAACGAGCAGCUGGCCCUCCCACAGAACUACCGAGGACUGCCUGGCUACAAUUCUGUGCAAUACCGCUUCAAGGAGCUGCCCGCAAUCAGCAAAGCACAAGAAAAUUUCUGUGAAAGGUACCACCAAAUCAAGGAGCUUAUAGGAGAGCAUGUGAAUAACGUGCCCGAGGUCAUCUCCAACAUUGAGGAGCACUUUGACUUUGUUGGCUUCCGCAGUGUGCUACAGACCUGGAUCUGCGGUGUGAUUACCGACUUGGUAGAAAUGCCUCUCAACCAGGGCCCGUUUGACCCCAACCUGGGCUCACCCGCAUCAGCCCGACUUCGCGAAUCUUUGCUUGGGCGGUCCCUUUAUAGCCCGGCAGCUAGCGCCGAUGCUGUACAAGCUUUUAUUCGCCUGGGUAUGGCAGGCCAGCACACUGCUAGCCCGAGUCCAGUAAACAAUAGCCGCGCCGCAAUAUCACGGGGUCAGAAACGUCCCCGUCCCACCGACGACGGCGAAAGUGAUGACGACUUCGAGCAGGACCAACGUAUCCCAGACAGCCAGUCGAUGCCACCACCUCCUCCUCCUCCUGUCCGUCGGCGCCGACGUACCAGUGGUUCGCGCGCCAAGCGAGUCCAGAUGGAGUCGCAAAUUCCUGUUGAUCCCAUACUGACCGCCGGCGACUCAGCCCAAUAUCCCGCACCGCCGGCAUCCAUUUCCGAUGGCGGUCAUGACGGCAACAGCGGCUCUGCCACUAGCUUGGACAACGCCAGCGAUGCGUUUGCUUCUCCAGCCCCAUCCUCGGUGUUGAACGUCGCUACCGCACCGAAUCUGUUGCAGAUGUCGCAGCAUGCCAGGGCCAUCUCGGCACUAGCUAGACAGCGAAACCCGAAGCCACCGCAGACGCGUGUGCCAUGGUCCAUACCGGACUGCCAGCGUCUCAUUGGCGCUGUGGGCGCCUAUGAUGCCAAGUGGAGCAAGAUCGCCGAGGCCAUCAGGAACGGCCAGGUGCCACUCGAACAUCCAAGAGACCAACAGGCAUUGAGAGAUAAGGCGAGACUAAUCAAGCAGGACAUGCUCAAAACCGACAGCAUCUUGCCUCCAGGCUUCGACCUCGUACUUUUUGGCAGGAAGGAGAACGAAGCCGUCAUAAACGUUGGCAAGAACCCCCAUCGCAAGGAGAGCGACAUAGACCCGGUCACCGGCCGCCCCAUCAACACGGAGUGGGUCGACCCCAACGCUCCCCCGCCGCCGCCGCUCGAGGAGCAGCACGGCGAUCAGCAACAACAGGAGCCGUUGACGGCAGCAGAGGAAGCUGUAGUGGCUGCUGCUGAGGAAGAGAGGCAAGAGCACGAGCGCGAGCACGAAUCGCAGCAACAGCAGGAUCACCAGCAUCAUGAGCAGGAACAGCAGCAACUGGAAGAACACCUCGAGCAGCCGCAGCUCCAGCAGGAGAACCAGGGGCAGGGGCAAGAGCAGCAUGGGGCCUCGGCGCCUGAGGGUGCUGUACGCAUGUCGGACUAG